AUGAGCCCGCCCGCCAUGCUGCUGCCCGUCUGCUCCGCCGCGCCCAGCUGCUCCCCCCUCUGCCCGGUGCGGCCUUCGCCGGCGAUCAGCCGAUCCGUACCGCUUUUAUCAAUUUUGCCGCCUUCCGGGGCGCUGAAUGUCCUUGUUGCUGCUUGGCAGGUGACGGCGGCGCACGUCGUCGCGCGGGUGCCGCGGAGGGUGGACGUCGGCGCCGAGCUCAGGUCCUACGCCGACCCGCUCGUCGCGCAGGUGCCCGACCGCCCGCCGCUCGCCGACUCCUCCAUCCUCUCCCCCUACACCGCCGCGCCGGACGACAUCGCGCGAGCCUUCGGCGCCCCCGCCUCCGAGCUCCCGCCGCUCCCCAGCGCCGACCCCAGCCCUGGGCUAUGUUGCACGGGCACCGACCAGCCGCUGACGGCCGUCGCGGAACUGGCCGCUCCCGACCAGGCAGCCGCCGCGGCCACCGCCACCGCCGUGGUCAACUCGGCCCCCACCGAAGCCGCGGAGCGGGCCCUGUCAGACGCGCCGUUCCCCAGUACGUUCCCGUCCGACGCGUCCGAGGUCGAGGACUCCGUGGCCAGGCUCAUCGAUAAGGUCGGCAAGCAGGUCUUCCAGGCGGAGGACGCGCUCACCGAGGCCUACGACAAGCUGAGGCUGUCGGCGUACGACGCACUCGGUGCGUGGAGGAAGACGGUGCGCGACGCGAUCGGUGGGCUCAAGGCGUCGGUCGACGCCGGUAAGCAGCAGGCCGCCGGAGGGGUCACGGACGCGUCCGACGCGUUGCAGGCGAAGGUGGCCGGAGCUGGGGCUGUGGCUGUUGAUGUUCUUAGGAAGGCGAUUGUUGCAGCAGAGGAUUCACUGGGCAGUGCAGCCACAUUCGUUGUGUAUUCUUAUGGGUCUGCGAAGGAGUCUCUACCACCAAAUGUUAGAGAUUUGUUGAGCUCGUCUGAGGAGAAAGCUAAUAUAGUUUUGAGACCAAUCGGAAAUGCUCUGCAACAGGUAUAUGUAGCUGUUGAAGGUGUUGAAAAGAAUGUUGGUUUGGAUCCAAGUGAUCCUAUUGUUCAAUUGGCAGUUUUGCUUGGAGGUUCAGUGACAAUAGGGACAACGUACUGGCUCUUCAUAUACGGUGGCUAUUCUGGAGACUUGUCACCUGAAUCAGCAUUCGAGUUAUUGAGAAACGAUGGCAAAGCUGUACUUAUUGAUGUUCGACCUGAGGAUUUGAGGGAAAAAGAUGGCGUUCCUGAUCUACGCCUUGGGGCUAGGUCCAAAUAUGCAAGUGUAGAUUCACCUGAGAUCAAAGGCCCAGUUAAGAGUAUGCUUAAAGGUGGAAGAGAGGUUGAUGAUGCCUUACUGGCAGUUGUCAUCCGUAACUUGAAAUUGGUGAAGGGUGAUUCAAAGGUCAUAGUUAUGGAUUAUAAUGGAGCUCGAUCAAAAGCCAUUGCUAGGUUACUGAAGAAGCUCGGUGUGCAGCGACCUUACCUUGUUAAAGGUGGUUUCCAAGCAUGGUCAAAGAACCUUCGUGUCAAAGAACUGAAACCUGAGACUGCAUUAACGUCAAUAAAUGAGGACGUUGAGGAAAUCAUCGAACAAAUAAAGCUCACCCCAACUCUUGUGUUUGGAUCUCUUCUGGGCCUCUCAGCACUUUCCUAUGCUUUACUUGAAUGGGAGACGACUUUGCAAUACAUCGCUGUUUUAAGCGUUGGGCUGACUAUCUACUUGCGAUUCUCUACAUAUGAGCGUUCUGAGGACUUGGAGCAAGACCUAAAGCUGUUGCUGUCUCCAGUAAGAGUAGGCGCAGACGCCGUGUCAUGGGCAGCUAAGAAGAUAGAGCCAAACAAAGUGGGCCUGCCGACGUCCCCCUCGACGACAGCGGUGAAAGACCGGGUUCUCCAGGCCGCGGCAAAGCACGAGUCGCAGCCAUCGGACGCCGAAGAGUCGUCGGCCCAAACAGCCGAGGCAUGA